CAGACGGUUGCGGUGCUGCGUGUAGUUCAAGCCGCCUGUUGGUGCUGUUCUGGGGCGUGAGGCUCGUAGGAAUGGGGCCGUCCUCCUCCCUGACCCUGGCCAGUCGAUAAAAAGAGAAGAAAAAAAAGGCUGGGGAUGCACGACGGGGCUGAAGGAAGACAGCUUUACAGGCUUAAAAUCUGGACUGCUGCUGAACAUGGAGUGUCACCUCCUCUGCGGAAUAAACGCUGUUGUGGACCAACAGUGAUUUUGUAAAGGCGAAACAUUUGUUUUUUACUUUAUUUCUUCAACCGCUUGCUUUGAUACACACAUCUGCAAUGAUGUGCGCUGUGGGCUGGAGUAGGACCUCUGCGAUUGUACUCUGCCUUUUGGGAUGCCUUGUGUCCAAAGUUGUCACCAAAACGUCACUGGAGGACAAAACUGUACAAGAGGUUACUCUGAAGGUCCACCUAAGUGACGCCAGCACUCAUCAGCCCCUGUUUGGAGCCACCUUACAGCUCUUUGCCAACCACACUUCUGUAACCACGGAAACCUCAUCAGCUGAUGGCAGCACCUACCUGCACUUCCCCUACCGCCUUGGGACACCACUGAUUGUCACUGCAACCAAACGGGGAUAUGUUCCAAACUCUGUUCCCUGGACUCCCACUAGAUUACCUGUAUUUUCCUCCAUCAGUCUGGAUCUGCUUCCAGAAAGAGCUGCCACCCUGAUGGUGUAUGAAGAUGUUGUCGAGAUUGUUUCAGGCCUGCAAGGUUUCAGACGCCAGCCCAGUGUUCAUUUCCAGCGCAGAGCUUUUAGUCUUCCUACCAACACAUCCUACGCCAACCUGACUGCUCUGUUCACCGUUACAAGCUCCCCAUCUCACAUCCAGCACUUUCCCCACCUGCAGGUUCUUGGCAACAACAGCACAGGCACGGAGAAGAAGAUUGAGUUGACUGCUGUGGCAGCCAUCUCUGUUCAUCUAUUGGCCAGCGACGGAGUGGAGCUGCAGGUGAAUGGGCCAAUCACAGUCUCCAUUCCCUUGCCAGUUGACUGUGGCCUUAGGGAAAAUGACCACAUCCCUGCUUGGAGAUUUGACCCUCAUUUUGGUGCCUGGAUAAAAAGCAGUUGGGGUCACGUACAGAAGGAGGGUAACCAGCUCAUUUUGACCUACAUUGCUCCCCAGCUGGGGUAUUGGGUGGCUGCAAUGUCACCUCUACACUCAGGUCCAGUGGUGGCCAUAGACAUCAGCACAUACCAUACUGUGUUUCUGUUGGCCAUACUGGGAGGCAUGGCCCUCAUCCUGCUCUGCCUGCUGUGCCUCUUGUUGUACUACUGCAGACGUCGUUGUUUGAAGCCACGAGGGUCUCACCGCAAGCUCACUCUGUCUUCUGGUCUGGACAGCAGUAAAAGGGAUCAAGCCACCUCCAUGUCCCACCUGAACCUCAUUAACAAUGAGGUGCAGCUGGAACUAGUUUCCACAGCGACUGAGCCUGACAUGACCACUCCAAUGUUAAAGCCAUCCUCAUAUGAGCACCAAGACAAUCAGCGUCAACCCAGCCUCAUCCAUAACAGCAAACACAGCCGUUUCUCUCUCGGCAACAACAGCCACCACAGUUCGCCUGUUGGGAACCUGACGCCUCGCAGCAGAGACUAUCGGCAGUCUGCAGAGACUUUCCAGUUGAAAGCGGCCCUUUCAUGUGGGACAGAAAGGGGCUACCGUCAAUCAUACACCUCUGUCUGCUCAUCCAGCAACCAGAUUUCAGAUGCGCGGUCAUCAUCCAACCAUGGUCAGGUGUCGGCUACACAGCUGAGCAGUGUUGGGAUUAUUGAUUGUAUGUCUCCUUCCUCUUCUUCCCACUCCCCUAGCAGGGUGGAAGGAGGUGAGUGCAGGGCUCCUGACUACCUUCUGUCCCGCUCUGUGGACCACCUGGAGCGUCCCAACCCUCCGUCGCUUUCUCGGCCCGGUCAGCUGCUUUGUUGUGGCUCCGUAGAUCUGCUGAGUGCAGGGGAAGGCUACUCAAGAGUGCGUCCCACACUAGUAAUCCCAGCACACUACAUGCGCCUUCCUGGGGAGCACCCUCUGUCUGGUCAGGCCCUCCUGCUGCAGGCUGACCAGCAGAGUGACUUAGAGACAAUCCAGGCUGAGCUCAAUGCCUCACAUUCUCAGCAGCCUCUAGGGCAAACCCCAAUAGACUGCAGCCCAGGGUCCAUCAAACAGGUUGAUGGAGAAGGUCUUGGCUUGUCAGAGUCUCUGUCUAUGCCAUCAGCACUUGGAGAAACAGCUCUUAUGGAAAUCAACAAAGAGGAUACCUUGCUGGCUGAAAAGACUUUAAUGGAGCUGAGAGGAGGGAAACCUCUGCCUCACCCACGAGCUUGGUUUGUGUCAUUGGAUGGACGUUCUAAUGCUCAUAUCCGACACUCAUACAUCGACCUCCAGCGUGCAGGAUGCCAUGGCAACAUACAAAGUUCAGGAAGUCAGCAAGAUAAUGGUAGCAAUGGGAGACACGGCAACAGCAAUGAUGCCAGUCUAGACUCGGGUGUGGACUUGAAUGAGCCAAGAGUUGGACGGAGGGGGAGGGAUGCAGAGCGGGAGGAAAGGGAGAUAGAGAAAGACAGAACAAAGAGUCCAACACCAGCCAUGGCCUACACUCAGCUGGUGUAUGUUGACGAUCUGGAUGGGGGAGGCAGCGAAGAGGAAAAGUGGAGCCCCCAAGAUGGCAAAACGAGACCGACCCUGUCAGAGGAAGCAGAGGGUAACAGAGAGAAUAAAAAGCAGGGGGAUGUGGAGGGGGAGACAUCUGAGGGAAUACAAAUACAAGAGGAACUGCCCUCACUUUCUCCAGUGUCCCCUGAUUCUCCUCCCCCAUUGCCAACACCAGAGGGAGUGACUUACAGGACUGAUCAUGCAUUGCUGUCAGUCUCCCCAGAUGAUGAUGCAGCACGUGAAGAUGGAGAGGAGGAGAAGAAAAGCCCCUGGCAGAGGAGGGAAGAGCGACCCCUGCUGGCUUUCAACCUCAAAUAACCAUUAAGAAAGGUUCAAUUUUUCAAGUCUGUUUCAAUAUAAUACUUAAAAUCCAACACUGAGUGUUUUUAAGUGCUGUUCCUUUUGUCCAUACUGACUCUUGUAAAGUGAUAUAAGUAAAACAGCCCAGUCCUCAUUCUGUCAAAAAUAAUUCUGCACUUAAUAAGUUAGUCAGGUGGGAUAUAAGCAGGCUAAGUUUAAAAUGCUAUAUUAAAUGUAAGAAAGGGAGUUUUAUACAAAAUAUGAUUAUUUUGACGAUACUCUGCUUGUCUUACUUGAUAGUGCAGAAGACCUGAAUUGCACAGAGUGAGGACUGAGGAUUUUACUACCCAUAUUUUAAACUAAAAUCACCUAAGCAGAGGAUCUUUUUUCAGCCAGUAUGAAGAAGACGAAAGAUUAGGCAAGAAAUUCUAUUAAUUUACCUUCUCUCCUCUGCUGCUCAGAACAUAAAUACCAUGAAGGAUGUAUCUGUUUAAACUGACGCUCUUUCUUUGGAAUACAGCACUGAGAAACUAUGUCAGCACUGGGAUCUGUUCCUCUCCAGAAGUGAACCAUUUGGAUCCCUCAUGAACUUUAAGCAACAUUUAUGGAUGACAACCGUUUGUCAUCCUCAUGACACUAUAUGAACACAGCACUCAUCAGGGAGGAGUCAGGACAGUACUCAUUACCUGAGGGAGAUAAAUAAACUUUGGAGCAAGAAAUUAAUAUACCUUAUGCACAACAAAUAUAUGCCUUUUUUCAUAUCUAUGAAUAGCCUUGUAAGCAUAAACGAACUGUGGUAGAAAAGGUUAAUGGGUAGUUAUCACAAAAUCUUGACCACAGGAAACUUUUUUUUUUGAGCCAUAUUGGCCUGAUUUCAAUAUACUACAAGCAAUUGAAUUUAGAUUAAUAUCCAAAUUGAACUAUAGUGACUAUUUGUGGAACAAAUGUGCAAAACAGGGCGUGUGAUUCUAUUCCUGACAGCCUAUUAAGAAUCUCGUAGUGUGUUCCAUGAUCUACUUUGACCACUAAAGCAGUAUCAGCCUUGACGUAAACUUGUAAAUCCUGCAUUUAGAAUGGUUUUGUUGCUAGAGUUCAAUCUAGCCCGUCAGAGGGCUCUGUGGGUGUUUCCAUGAACUCCACAUGGGAUGACGUUUUGGGGUUGAUGAAAUUUAACCACUACCUGUUUUUCAGCAUAAUCAGAUAAUGCUACACACCACUUUGCUGUUUGGAUACUAAUGUGUUACCACUACAGAGGUAUAGUUCCACCCUAAAUAAUCAUGAGGUCUGAUAAUAUGAAGGGUUUUGUAAUUGCUGAACCACUGACUUGCAUAUUUUUGCUCUUAAGGCUAUGCAUAAUUUUUAUACAGCUGCCUGAAAUGCCUUUUUUUUUUUUUUUUGUAAAUUUCAAUCCCUUCUAUUUUUAUUGCCAACAUGAAGUAUUUUACCUGAAAAUGGCCGAUUUUUAUUUCUUUUAAUAUGUUAAGGGCUUUUUUUCCUUACCUGUCUCAUUGUUAAAGUUAAAACAAAGCUGAAAACACACUGUUAGCUGUAUUUCACCUUUAUUUUCACCACCCCCCACGAUCCAAGUGCCUUCAAAUAACCUUUUUCUGCAAGAAAUUUGUUGACUAUGUGACCUUAUUUAUUUCUAACCUUCUUUUGCCUUCAGCUUUUCUCCUCUACCUCAAUCCUCUCUUUCUCUCUUGCUUGUGAAAGAAGCAUGCAGUAAACCUUCCUCAACACUAGCAUAUUACAAGCUACACUGCAGACUUCUCAGAAAAUGUCUACCAGCUGCUGCUGCUGCAAUUGUAAAAUCCUCUACAGUAAUCAGCAAGGCACCAAUUUCUCUCAGAGUAAGCAGUUAAGUAUUUGCAGAAGUUUCCAGUGUAACACUGGAAAGAUUAAGCUAAGUGUGAUUAUAUGUGAAGCUACACUGCAGGUUAUUUCAGUGCAUUUUCUUAUUUUUUAUGUUUUUAAGGGGGGUUAAUGUUUGUACUGGGGGUAGUGUCAGUCUGUGAUGCGAAAUUUGAUUGUCAGGUGGAGAAAUGAUCAAUAUACAUCCAAUCAAAAUUCAUGUAGUCAUAGCAAUCAUAUUAUAGAGUGUGUGUAUAGCUCUUUACUCGCCUCUUCCUGACCAGAAUAAUGUGCGAACUGGUGUUGUGAAUGGCAUUUUUAUUUUUCUCCUAGUAUCCCACAACAACCUCCAGUUUUUGGUUGGAGUAGCAAUACAGCAUCCUGAGUGUGUAAAUUGGUUGCUUGCAUUAUAUUUGAAGCUUAUUAUUCAGAAUAAACAGACAAACUGGAAA